GCAGUGUAAAAAGUCGUCGCGCCUUACGACCGCCGCCACGACGUAAGUUAUCGUUCUUCCUACGCAGCUUAAACCCGCCAGCACAAAGGGUCCCAAGCCAUCAAAUUUUUUGGCGGCCGCCUCCUUCCCUUUUUCAACCCUCCCCGAGGAGACCCCUGAGGGCCUUCAAUCCAUUUGACCGAAAAUAUGGUUCCUCCACCAAUCCAGAGCAAGCAUCGUAAGCCCAUUACCUACGGCCGCCUUUCCCAUUCGAAUUCUACGAAUUUCAAGGUUUUUCAAGACACAGUUGAGGGAAGAAAUCGCAACGAAGAGCCUAGAGCUACUGAAAUAGUGCCUAGACGUGUUCGAGCCUCGGGGUUGUUACCGACCUUACCACCAAUGGCUGAACAAUCUUUUCAGCGUUCUGAGUUUAACAGUAUCUAUCACAUAGGCGAUGAUGUUGGCGGGGACCCAUUUGCUGAUCCCCCUGCCCUGAACCCCCAGGCGCCCGCCAGGUUAGUCCAUACAAAGGAGGUCAAGCAAUCAUCGCUAUCUAGGAAGGUAGCGUUAGCAGAAAAAUCUGCCAACUAUCCAAUUCUUAGGAACACUACCGUUGCUAUUACAAGUGAUGCAGCAAGUCCAAGUGGUACAGACCGUACUAGUGGGCCACCCCCACGUCCUCGUAAAAUCCGUCACUAUGCGCCCAGCCUGGGAGACCAAGACUUGUCAUAUCUUUUAUCUCCUUCCAAAGCCCGAAGUCCUAUAUCUGAAGAUAAUUUUCGACGAUCCUCGACCAGAGCCGGGGAAAGAAAAGUUAACAGGCUAUAUAGUACACCACCUGCAGGAUCAGGAGUCGAUCAACACGGAAUGGCGGAUGGAAAUACUAGAGCCAGUAUCUGGGUGCGUGACAAGGCAGGGUAUUUAAUGAAAAAGACUGCUGGGAAGAUGGGCUCAUCUCCCCCCAAUGCAAGGUGCAAAUCUCACCGUGAGGAAGCGACUCCCACAACUCUGGGAAAGACUUCCAGAGGCGGGGUCCGGAAGAAUAUCUUCCCCCGAUACUCGGUUGAGGGGAUGAAAAGGAGAAGAAAAGGAUAUGACCCAGUGCCUGCAACUACUGAUUGUGGAACCGGGUACGAGAGUAAUGGAGAUUCAUCGGUGAAGGACCCAUUUGGCUCAGGUCAAGACGGUGACUUUGAGCAUGGGAUUUUUGCUGGAGAGAGCUCAGACUACCUCGUGGAAAUACCAAAGAAACGUCGAAACGCUCAAGAACCGUACGGUUGGGGCGCUAGAGCACAAAGUACACAAAAUUUGUUGGCCCAGGUGAAAGAGACGAACCCUUUCAUGAAAGAAGCCGGCACUAGAUACAGGUCUCGAAAUUUUAAAUAUGACGCAGAAUUGGAAGAUAGAAAUUCAGGGGAAGAUUGGGAUGAAAGAGAAGCAUUAAUUGCCGGUGCUGCUGAGAGUCUUAUGGCUUACAUGUCUGACAGUAAUGAGAACGUUCCCCCCGGCCCAGUCGUGCAGUCAACCUCCAAAAGCCCAUCUUGGAGUCAGCUGAGAGAUCACAGAAAGAAUAAGUCAAAGAAACAAGCCGGAAAACCCCCUCCUCCCGAGAAUAAGAGAAAUUCCAGGUCUAAGUUCCUCGCGUCUGCGGGGGAUACUGGUACAGACUCAUCUGUGGGCUUAAGCGCCAAAGGGUCCUCCGCGGAUGUGGCACGGGAGAGCCCCGAGGGUAUUCCCACGGUUCAUACCCCUGGUGGUAUAAAGCACCACGACGUCAAGAGCGGCAAAUUAGUACGCAACAAAAAACCAGGUGAGGACGGCCUAGGUUCGUGGGACAAUCCGGGUGGUCGUAAAUCCUUUCCCGACUCAUUGCCGGUGAGUGUGAGUCCACAAAAUGCAACCUACCCAGGCGCCUCGCAAACGGGAGGAACCGAAGACUCUAGGCAGGGUAGUAGGAUUCCGAAUGCAGGAAUCGGCAAGGAUACUAGGAGCAAAGCUUCAUUGGGCACUAGACGCAUGCGAGAAAAUAGACAGGGCAAAAAUGGCAAACCUAUAACUCCCCUUGAAGACUCCACAUUCCAAGGCCCUAUCAGAAUACCUCGAAAUACUUCGGCAAAUAUAGUUGGAAACAAGUCAGUUGGCAGCCAUAGCCACGGGGCGGCACCGCUAGGGAAAACCCCACCAAAAAGUAUGCCCUACAAUACAAAGCGGAAGAAGGAUGUCGAGAAAAAAACUGGUGGACCGAAGGUGGAGAUGGUUUGUGAAGACGAUGACCUCGACGAACUUCAGAUGGACCUCCCCGGCAUGAGGAUUUGAGUGUGGUGAUAAUGGGAUAUAUCCCUCUGGCAUUGUUUGGCGCAGUCUCAUACCAUAGAUCCGUCUGGCUCAUUUUUGUCCUCAUUUUUUACCUCACGCUGCUGAUUCGGUUGUUCUUUUACUGGCGAUAUUAUUAAUCGGAUCUGUACCUUUUUAAGACACCCUAAUGAUUACUUUUAACAGUUUCAAUGG